GGCUGCUGUGGUGGGGCAGAAGGCUGAGUACAGCAUUCCCUCCUAGCAAGUGAGAGGCACAUGGUCCACACAGGAGUUCUGGCAGCACAGGCCAGCCUGGCUCACCGGAGGAACAAAUCGGGUCUGGAGCUACCCCGUGGAGCACAAAGAACAAGCAGUACUUCAGGACUCACUGCACCGCUGUGCAGGGCACAGGUGUCCCCUCAGGGACAGCUCUGGUGGCACAUGGAGGCUCAGAGAACACACUGCAGGCAGCCCCGAUCCCGAGCUCCUCUCCCUCACCCGGCUCUGACAGGCAGCAGGGGGCAGCAGGGCCCGGGCAGAGAGGCUGCUGCAGAGAGAGGGAACGCAAUGAAUGAAUGGAGAGACAGAUGGGAUCUGUUUUUCCUGCUGUCAGGGCAGGCGGAGGGCCGGCGACACACGGCACGGUGCUCAGGGACAGCUGGUGACAGCUGUGCUGGGGGAUGGAGAAGCAGAGACCUCUGCAGACCCAGACCCAAAUCCUAGACCCAGAUCUCAAACCUAGACCCAGAUCCAGACUCCAAAUCCAACCCUUGCCUACAAAUCCAGACCCAGACCUAGACCCCAUCCUCUGACGCCAGCCCAGCCAAGGCCCCAAGUCCCCAGUCCUGGUCCCCAAGUCUAGACCCAGAUCUAGAUCCCAGACCCGACCCCGAUCCCAAAAUCAGACCCAGACUCCAGACCCUAACCUAGCACCCGCCCCCAGCCCCCGGUACUGUCCGCGGCACUGCUGCUGUGGCACUGCAGAGGGCACGGCUGCGGCUGCACGAGCCCGGCACACACUUCCCACUCAGGGCCGAGGAGAGGCCCUCGCAGCCCGGCCGGAGGGCUGCGGCAGCACCGGGCAUACGAGCACGGGGGCUCUGUCGGGCCCUGGGCUGCACCGCGGGGCAGGCUCUGAGCGCCGCGAUCCGCUCAGGAUUUGUGCUGGGCACCGCCUCAGGGCUGGGUGAGAUUUCUGUGAUCCCCGUCGGGGCUCACCCGAGCCCGGACCGCUCCCAGCGCCGAGGGGCGCCGGGCUGCCCUCAGCCGCCCCCCCUGCGGGCCCCACCAAACUGCCUCUGCGCAUGCGCCGCCCCAGCAGGCGGCACGGCCCGCUGCGCACAUCGGGGGCGGUAGCGAGCCCGCGAUUCUAUUGGCUCACACGACCAUCACUCAAUCGACUGGAGCAGUCCCAUUGGCUCGGGCUGGGAGGGCGGGAAGGCUGAAGUGGAGCUCGCUCUCUCCGUGUCGAGCCCUCGCCGUGUGACGCCUUUACACAUGCGCGUUGCAGCGGGUGGGAAACGGUGCCCAGCGCUGCGCUGUAGCUCGCGCCCUAAUUGGCUGCUAGGCACCCGCGUGCGUUACUCGCUCCCUCAUUGGUUGUCCGGCGCCCGCGUGCCGCCGUUCGCGCCCCCAUUGGCCGUCGGGGCGUGCAUGCGCGGUGCCAUCUGCAGUCAGACGCGCAGCAAGGCUCGGGGGGACGUGAUCUGCCGCGGCAGAGCCCUGAGGGCGCGGCCGGCCGUGGGAGCCGUUUCCGCCCCCUCGGUGUGCCGACCCCCGGCGUGCCGCUGUUUCCGGGCCGGUCCUGCCGCCGCCGCCGCCCCGCCGGGUCCCGCUGCAGCAGCCACUCCACUCCGCGCGUUGGCGCUGCCGUGAGGGACCCCCGUCGUUGCAGAUCACGUGACUUGCGUUGCUGCGCACGUGACCUGUGGGCAGCGCAUGCGUGUUGCGGCGGGGGCGGUGCAGGCGGGCGGCGCUGAGGGCGGAGGCGGCGGCGGCCGGAGCGGGGCCGGGCCGGGCUGGGCCGGCGCGAAAUGGCGGACAGGUUCUCCCGCUUCAACGAGGACAGGGACUUCCAGGUACUUCCCUCGCGGCGCCCCGCGCGGCCGCGGCCCCUCGGGCUGGGCUCCGCCGCCUUCUCCCCACCCCCCUACCGGGGCUUUGUGUGCGGGCCCGGCGCUGCGCCGCGGCGGGGAGCGGCACAGAGGGGAACGUGGGGGGUCGGGGCCGGCUGUCAACAUGACCCGCGGCUGGGGAGAGCUGCCCGGGCACGGAGGGCAGCGGGUGGCGUGUUGUGACGGCGGUGGCGAGGGGCCGACCCCGCGGAGGGACCGGCAGGGGAAGACGGUGAGGGGAUCAACCCUCCUCCAGUGAUGGGACCGACCACCCCCCGUGAGGGAACCAGCCCCUCGAUGAGGGGAAUCACCCACCCGCGGGGAGGGCUCGGAUCACUGCCCCCGAGACCCGCACCGCGCCGUCCGAACAUCUGCCAGCGACCCCCUUCUCUGGGGAAAAAAGGUCUCUUCCUUCUCACACCCGGCCCCCUCGCCAAAACAUCAGUAUUUCAACGUAAUUAACGCCACUGAUGCUGUUUGAAAGGGGCUUUAAAUAAACAACGGGGAAAUUAAUGUUGACUCAUUAAGCUCGAACAAUGACAUGUUGUUCUCUGACUUCAGCCUGAGAGAGUCUCGGGGUUGGAAGGGAAAACAAAAGGAGCGAGGAUAACGCUGCUCGAGGAGAGUGGUGGAUGAGCUGUUGUGUGGGUCCUUGUUUCGGGAGCCUGCCGUUGGAAUGGUGCUGUUCAUCCUCACUCGGGCCUUUCACCCAAAGACCUGGGAGGGUUUUUAUAACGUGGAGCUUGCGUAAUUCUGCUUCAUCUGGCAUUAAGGGCAAUCACUUUGAUCAGUAUGAAGAGGGGCACCUGGAGAUAGAGCAGGCGUCUCUAGACAAGCCCAUCGAAUCGGAUAAUAUUGGACAUCGCUUACUCCAGAAACAUGGGUGGAAGCUGGGCCAGGGAUUGGGAAAGUCACUGCAGGGGAGGACAGAUCCCAUCCCUAUCGUUGUCAAGUAUGAUGUCAUGGGCAUGGGCCGGAUGGAGAUGGAGCUCGACUACGCCGAGGAUGCCACAGAGCGGAGGCGAGUGCUGGAGGUGGAGAAGGAAGACACCGAGGAGCUGAGGCAGAAGUACAAGGAUUAUGUUGAUAAAGAAAAGGCCAUUGCCAAGGCUUUGGAAGACCUCAGAGCAAACUUCUACUGUGAACUCUGUGACAAGCAGUAUCAGAAGCACCAGGAGUUUGACAACCACAUAAACUCCUAUGACCAUGCUCACAAGCAGAGGUUGAAAGAUCUCAAGCAAAGGGAAUUUGCUCGCAAUGUCUCGUCGAGAUCCCGGAAAGAUGAGAGGAAGCAGGAGAAAGCCCUGCGGCGCCUGCACGAGCUGGCUGAGCAGAGGAGGCAGCCUGAGUGUGCUCCUGGAAGUGGGCCCAUGUUCAGGACCACCACAGUGGCUGUGGACGAGGAAGGUGGAGACGACGAUGAUUCCGCAGCCAACAGCGGCUCCUUCGUCCAGAUGAGCUCCGGCCAGGCCUCAGAGAUGACCACGGACAGAGGCUUCCUGAACACUGGACAAGGCACUGUGAUGCCAGGCCAGACAUCACAGGGGGCACAGGCCAUCAGCUUUGGCAUUAAGAGCUCUCUGGGAACUCCGCUACAGAAGAUUGGCGUGUCCUUUUCCUUUGCCAAGAAGACCCCAGUGAAGCUGGAGACCAUUGCUUCUGUUUUCAAGGACCACGUGGAUGAGUCCAGUUCUGCAGACGGGGCAAAAGGUGAUGAGAGGGGGUCCUCGGAGGCUGGCAGCCUGCAGAAGUCUGGGGAGGGUGAAGGCACCAAUAAUUCUGAUGGCAAGGCGGAGGACGAUGACCAGCACGACAAGGACAGCGGGGCUCUGGCCAGCACCUUAUCCAAACUGAAGAAGAUGAGGCGAGAAGAUGGACCAACGGCCGUGGAGCCAGAAUAUUACCACUACAUCCCCCCAGCCCACUGUAAAGUAAAGCCCAACUUUCAGUUCCUGCUUUUCAUGAAGGCUACUGAGCAAACGGAAGCAGAAAAUGUGAACAAAAAAAACGCGCACGAAUUGAAAAAGGGGAGUUCCCCCAAACCCAAGCCCAGCAAGCACACGGAAAAGGCUGCUGAGAGCACGGGGCAGCAGAAAGAGCAGAGUACUACUGAAACUGUAGCUCAGCAGGACAAAACAGAACGAAAAGACAUCCCAGAGAAUGAAAAUACACAGGAGAGCAAGCACCUUCCAGAGAGCAAUCCCCCGGAGCCAGACACUGCUAAAGAAGCUCCUCCUCCUGCCUCGGGCUGCAGAGAUGGCUCUGAGGGACCAAAGCACCCCACGGGACCUUUUUUCCCUGUUCUGAGUAAGGAUGAGAGCACGACACUGCAGUGGCCUUCAGAGCUGCUCAUCUUCACCAAAGCUGAGCCCUCUGUGUCCUACAGCUGUAACCCCCUGUACUUCGACUUCAAGCUCUCCCGUAACAAGGAUGCAAAAGGGAAAGGGGCAGAGAAAUCCAAGGAUCCAGGGGGCCUUUGUAAAGACAACACUCAGAGCACAGAACCUGGUGAGGUGAGCAAAGCCAAGGAGGCCGAAAGUGUAGAGAACAGUUCUGCUCAAAAAACGGAAAACAAAUCCCAGAGCAAGCAGGAGUCCAGUCUGGGAAGCAUCAGUAAGGGAGAAGGAGAGGACAGCAGUAAGAGUAUAACGGGUAAGAGUAAAUCUGGAAGGUCCCAUAAACACAAAAAGAAAAAGAAGCACAAAAAGUCCAGCAGACACAAACGCAAACACAAGGAGGAAGCUGAGGAGAAGGCCCGGAAAGCUGAGCUGGGGGAAGAGAAACCCAAGAAACGGAAAAGGCACAGGCACAAAAAAGGUAAAUCCUCCCUUUCAACAGAGUCAGACCGGGCGCUGAAACCUGAACUGUCUGAAGACUGCAGCCAUUUCCAGAAGAAAAAGCGAUGCUCCCAGGAGUCCCAGAGGAAAUCCCUGUCUGCUGAGGAGGGAAGCAGCAGUAAAAAAGAGGACGGGGGUAACUCCUGCCAAGAGCAUGGCAGCAAAAGACACAAGGCUGAGCUGCAACAGGUGCCUGGUGCGAGGAGGCGCUGCCCGGCUCUGUCCCAGCCCCGGAGCGGCUGCCGGAGCCAGCAGAGCAGUGGCGAUGAUGACAGUGACGAGGGCUCCCCUGGCAAGCACUGCCACCAGAAGUCCCCGUCGCAGUACAGCGAUGACUACGACUCGGGCAGCGAGCACUCCCGCAGCCGCUCCCGCUCGGGCCGCAGGCACUCCUCGCACAGGUCCUACUCCACCAGCUCGGACGCAUCCUCGGAGCACAGCCGCUACAGCCGCCACAGGAGCUACUCGGACGACAGCUACAGCGACUACAGCGACCGCUCCCGCUGCCACUCCAAGCGCUCCCAGGACUCGGAGGAUGACUCCGACUACAACAGCUCAAACCACCGCUCGAAGCGGCGCAAAUACUCCUCGUCAGAAGAUGACUACAGCUCGAGCAGGAGCAGGUCCAGGAGUCGGAGCAGGAGCCGAACCCACCCUCGAGGCAGGUCAAGAUCGAGGAGCCGGGGCAGGAGCCGCAGCAGCAGCUGCAGCCGCAGUCGGAGCAAGAGGAGGAGCCGCAGCGUGACAGGCCGCAGCUGGAAGCGCAGCCGCAGCUACAGCCGGGACCGCAGCCGCAGCACCCGCAGCCACUCGCAGAGGUCCCUGUCACGGAAGGGCUCGCGGGGCCACGAGAGCCCCGAGGAGCGAAGGUCUGGCAGAAGGGACUUCAUUAGGUCCAAGAUCUAUCGCUCCCAGUCUCCUCACUAUUUCCGGACGGGCCGAGGUGAAGGGUCGCUGCCGAAGAAGGAGGAUGGCAAGGGAGAGGAUCUGAAAGGAUCUAGCUCCCUGUCCCAGAACAGCAGCGGCUCUGGCAUGGGGCGGGCCUCGGAAGGGGACUGCAGUCCUGAGGAGAGGAACUCCGUCACUGCAAAGCUGCUCUUGGAAAAGGUGCAGUCCAGGAAGGUUGAGAAGAAGCCCUGCGUCACUGACGAGAUGCUAUCAGGAGCAAACAAAGUGGGCAUAAAGCUCAAAGAUCCUCCCCAGGGCUACUUUGGCCCCAAACUCCCUCCUUCCUUAGGCAACAAACCGGUUCUGCCCUUAAUUGGGAAGUUGCCAACCAUUCGGAAACCAAACUCCAAAAGAUAUGAGGAGUCUGGCUUGGAGAGGGGUGAGGAGCAGGAGCUGUCAGAUGCUGAGGAUGGUUCCCAAGGCAUGGAGGAGGGUCAACUGGCCAGCCAGUCUCUCCUGGAAGAUGUGGUGAUGGUAAUUCAGGACAAACCUCUGGAUGAGCAGAAACGUGACGAAGCCUCUGUGGAGAUGCCAUCCCUUCCCCUUGACGCUCCGGCACUUCCUGAGUGCUUUGGCUCCGGAGAUCUGGUCAUGCCACACAACUUCCUCUCGGAUCCAAGCGAUGGUGAUGGGCUGGAGCCUAUGGACGGGGGCAGCCAGCCAGUCCAAGUGGAAACCAGUAUGAUGCCCUUAGUUCCAGAUGUUGAGCACUUUCCUGGCUACGUGCCUCAGAGUGGGGAGCCGAGCCUGGAAGGAGAUCGGGAUGGGGGAGAAGAUUCCUCUCUAGCCCCGCUGGAGAGCCAGCCCAUCACCUUCACGCCCGAAGAGAUGGAGAAGUACAGCAAGCUGCAGCAGGCGGCCCAGCAGCACAUCCAACAGCAGCUGCUGGCCAAGCAAGUGAAGGCCUUCCCCACCUCGGCCGCCCUGGCUCCGGCCGCGCCCGCGCUCCAGCCCAUCCACAUCCAGCAGCCGGCGGCGGCCUCGGCCACGUCCAUCACGACGGUGCAGCACGCCAUCCUGCAGCACCACGCCGCUGCCGCCGCCGCCGCCAUCGGCAUCCACCCCCACCCGCACCCGCAGCCCCUCGCUCAGGUCCACCACAUCCCCCAGCCACACCUGACACCCAUUUCCUUGUCCCACCUGACCCACUCGAUUAUUCCGGGGCACCCCGCCACGUUCCUGGCCAGCCACCCCAUCCACAUCAUUCCGGCAUCUGCCAUCCACCCGGGCCCCUUCACCUUCCACCCUGUCCCUCACGCUCUCUACCCAACCCUCCUGGCUCCAAGGCCAGCAGCUGCUGCUGCUGCCACAGCCCUGCACCUCCACCCCCUGCUGCACCCCAUUUUCUCAGGACAGGACUUGCAGCAUCCACCCAGCCACGGCACAUGAAGGACAAAAUGAAGGAACCUCGGAGGAAGGAGAAUAUUUGGCAUUUUGGUCAGGGGUCGGAGUCGAGCCAGCGGGCAGGUGAGGCCUGAGCAUUUCCUUUCACUCUUGAGCAGCCAAAGAAGCCAGGGGCUCCAGGGCUAGGCAGUUGGCUGUGUCCCAGGGAAGUCUCACUCCGACUCCUCCGUGCACGCAGCAGCACCGCUCCAGAAGAACCAUUUCACCUUCAGAACAGCGAAACACUUGGAAAGGCUUUUUUUCCCCCUGGAUUCUUACACUUGGUCAUCUUCCUUCUGCCACCUUGUAUAUGAUAAAUGAGGUUUCAUACACACUAAUAGGAUCUCUAAAAAUCCUUUUAAUGAGGUCAUCUAAUUAAAUAGCAUGAUUGAAUCCGGCUUGUAAUUGGUCAUGGAACAUCGGGAGCUGCUGGCUGCAGGAGGACUGGAGGCCUCAGCUUUUCAGGCGUUGCAGGAGGUUCCUUGGCCUCUGUCUCUGCAGACGUGGGUUUUUCUUGGUGCGAGCAGCAAAGGUGGAAGUAAGAUCUUAGUGUAAAGAGGAGGAGGAGCUCUGUGUGUGUGCCCAGAGCUCCCUUCUCCAUCCUGCAUCCAUGUUCUCCUGCACCAGGACCAUGCCUGGAUAUCCCAUACUGGAGAGAGGUUCUGGGGUUGGGCUUCCAGUCUGGGCUUUGACCACUCUUCUCUUGAAAGGGGGAAAAAAUCACUCUGAAUUCCAUCUUCUGUAGGGUUGGGAAAGAGGCACUGGGAUGGGAGAGAGAAGGAAAAUCCUGUUAGGAAUUGAAGCAAUACAGAGGACAGGGGAGCGCGGCCUGGAUGUAAAACGUGUUCUUUCCUCUGUAACACUGAUGGUUUCCUUAUUAAUUUAUAGGAUUUUUUUUUUAUGUAAAGAAUUGCACUGAACUCUGUAAACAAAGAUGCUGCUUUUUGUAGCUCCUAUCAAAGGUUACAUUUGUAGUAUAUCGCAAUAAUAUUUUUUACAGCCAGUUCUUAGUGGUACUUGUUCUGGUGGCUUCUGUGUAAAUAUGUUUGCCGUAGGUGACCCAAGACACUUGUAAAGGUUCAAUUUAUAGUUUCAGCUAGAUGCAGAACAGCUAAGCAUGUAUAUUUUAUCAAGCUCAUGUAUUUUUGAAGUUUUUAUGUAGUAUAAAAUGUAAAAACAAAAAAAUCUUCAUUUAGAAUUUUGCGGAAGAAAAAAAAAAUCAACAGGUGAGACUUGGGCAAGGUGAGGGGUGUGGGGGUCGCAGUGACUCUGGCAGGUUUUGCAUUCCUCCCUGCCAUAGGAAUAGGCACUGGAGCAGCCUGGGGAGCAGCAGGAAUUCAGGGUGCUCCCAGAGAAUAGGAGCCCUUUUUUUUCCUUUCCUUUUCCCCCCCUUUGGAAACAGUAAUGUGCAGACCCUGCUGGUGCAGGAGGAGCCUUGGGACUGUUCCCAGCCCACACAGAGGGUUACCCCAACUUAGUCCGUGAGGGAUUUCCCAGUUCUCCCAGCUUCACCUAGCUCAGGUGACACUGCCCAUGGGAGCUUCCCCACCCCAGUGCAGGGGAUGUCCCCACUGCUGCUGUCCCCACUCACAGGCACUGCAGGUGUCACAGCCCUUGGGCCACCACUGCUGGAAGGGAGGGAUUUCAGAGCAGUGUGGGGAUGUGGUGACAUCCCCAUCCCUUUCCAGUCCCAUUUCCCAUCCUCUUCCCUGUUCCCUCUUGGAGUGCAGUACGAGGCCAGGCAGAGUCAAAGGAUCAAAACCCCCUGAGCUCCCUCACCAUGUAAAUGAGAAAUUGGAGCAGGUCAGAGUGGCAGCAGUCACAAAAAAAGGGACUCAAUUUCCUGUAAAUACCGAACAAUUCAGUGUUACUGUCAGAGCUGAGCUUCAUAGGGCCCAUCCGUGCCCUGGCCCCAUCGUGCUGUGGGCAGAGGUUGUUUUUGGACUUCAGGAUAGUGCUAAAAUAAUUAACCUGUCAUUACUUAACAAGCAUAAACAGACUGUAUUUAACUUUGUCACAUAAGAUAUAUAUAUAAAUAUAUAUAUAUGCUGUAAAAUGAGGGAAAAAAACCUUUCUAAUAAACCAAUGAUUUG